GUAAAUCGGGGCGAGUGGGGAACCCGGGCGCAGGAACUGUCGCCGCGGCCGGGAGUGGUGCUGCCCGGACGGGGGCCCACGGCGGUCAGUGGGGCGGAGGACUGGAGAGCUGACAGCGCGCACUUUACCCGCAGUAGCGACCGCGGAGAUAACUCGUGGAGCUGGAACCCCACAGGUCACCGGUCAAAAUGAAGGCGGCGGAUGAGCCUGCCUACCUGACAGUGGGAACUGAUGUCAGUGCCAAAUACCGAGGGGCCUUCUGUGAGGCAAAGAUUAAGACUGUGAAAAGGCUGGUGAAAGUUAAGGUACUCCUGAAACAGGAUAACACAACACAGUUGGUGCAAGAUGAUCAAGUAAAGGGUCCUUUAAGAGUCGGAGCUAUUGUUGAAACAAGGACUUCCGAUGGAUCCUUUCAGGAAGCUAUUAUCAGCAAGUUGACAGAUGCUAGUUGGUAUACUGUGGUGUUUGAUGAUGGAGAUGAGAGAACAUUGAGGCGUACCUCACUUUGCCUGAAAGGAGAGAGACAUUUUGCUGAGAGUGAGACACUUGACCAGCUUCCUUUAACAAAUCCAGAACAUUUUGGAACUCCAGUAAUUGCAAAGAAGACAAACCGAGGAAGGAGGUCCUCACUACCUGUUACUGAAGAUGAAAAGGAAGAAGAAAGUAGUGAAGAAGAGGAUGAAGAUAAGCGGCGUCUCAAUGAUGAGUUAUUAGGGAAAGUCGUGACUGUGUCAUCUGCAUCUGAGAGGACCGAGUGGUAUCCCGCUCUGGUAGUUUCCCCCAGCUGUAACGAUGACAUCACCGUGAAAAAGGAUCAGUGUUUAGUCCGAUCUUUUAUUGAUUCUAAAUUUUAUUCUGUAGCAAGAAAGGAUAUCAAGGAUGUAGACAUUCUCAGUCUUCCAGAAUCUGAGCUCGCCGCUACACCAGGGCUGCAGAGAGCGAGUAUCUUCUUAAAAACUAGAAUUGUUCCUGAGAAUUGGAAAAUGGAUAUAAGUGAAAUCCUUGAGUCAUCCAGUAGUGAUGAUGAAGACUGCCCAGCUGAAGAAAAUGAUGAAGAAAAGGAAAAAGAAACCAAAAAAGAGGAGGAGGAAAUGCCUGAGGAAGAACUUGAUCCUGAAGAGAGGGACAACUUCCUCCAACAGCUUUAUAAGUUUAUGGAAGACAGAGGUACUCCAAUCAACAAACCACCAGUUUUGGGCUAUAAAGACCUCAAUCUCUUCAAACUCUUUAGGCUGGUUUAUCAUCAGGGUGGAUGUGACAAUAUUGAUAGUGGUGCUGUAUGGAAGCAAAUUUAUAUGGACCUUGGCAUUCCAAUUUUGAACUCAGCUGCUUCCUACAAUGUAAAAACUGCUUAUAGAAAGUAUCUCUAUGGUUUUGAGGAGUACUGCCGUUCUGCAAAUAUUCAGUUCAGAACUAUUCACCAUCAUGAACCAAAAGUAAAAGUGGAAAAAAAAGACUUAGAAGAAUCAAUGGAAGAGUCUCCGAAGGUAGAUCAAGAAAUGCCUCUACUAGAAGUGAAGAGUGAACCUGAGGAAAAUACUGACUCAAACAGUGAAAGUGAACGAGAAGAGAUAGAAUUAAAGUCACCAAGGGGACGAAGGAGAAUUGUUCGAGAUACAAAUUCUAUUAAAAAGGAAAUUGAAGAAGAGAAAACAGAAAACAAGUUAAAAGAUGAUACAGAAAAUCAGGAUAUAGAUGAGGACUAUGAAAUUUCAGAGAAAAAAGAAAAUGAGCUAUUGCUGGGGAGAAAAAAUACACCAAAGCAAAAAGAGAAGAAGAUGAAAAACCAAGAGGAUUCUGAUAAAGACUCAGAUGAAGAGGAAGAGAGAAGCCACGAGAGGGAAGAAACUGAAAGCAAAUGUGACUCUGAAGGGGAGGACGGUGAAGACAUGGAGCCCUGCCUAACAGGAACUAAAGUGAAAGUAAAAUAUGGACGAGGGAAAACUCAGAAAAUUUAUGAAGCCAGCAUUAAAAGCACUGAAAUUGAUGAUGGAGAAGUUUUAUACUUGGUACAUUAUUAUGGAUGGAAUGUGAGGUAUGAUGAGUGGGUGAAGGCUGACAGGAUAAUCUGGCCUUUGGACAAAGGUGGACCAAAGAAAAAACAAAAGAAGAAAGUUAAGAAUAAAGAAGAUAGUGAAAAGGACGAAAAGAGAGAUGAAGAGAGACAGAAGUCAAAACGGGGACGACCUCCUUUAAAAUCUACCCUUUCAUCAAACAUGCCAUACAGUUUAUCUAAGACAGCAAACAGUGAAGGAAAAUCAGACUCUUGUUCAUCUGAUAGUGAGACAGAAGACCCCUUAGAAAAGAAUUUACUAAAUGAAGAACUUUCUCCUGAUAUUAAAGAAGAAUUAGAAAAAAAUGAAAAUGUAAAUGAUGACAGACUAAAUGAAGAAAAUCCAAAGAUUUCCCACCUAUUAAAAGAGAAUGAGCGGACUCAGAUGCAGCCUUUGGAAACCCUGGAGUUAGAAGCUGAAGAGAGUGAGCAUGUAGUACAGAUUUAUGGAAACAAAGUGGAACAAGUAGAAGAAGUUAAGAAAGAGGCUGAAAGGUCGCCUAAGGGAAAGGGGAGGCGAAGUAAGACAAAAGAUCUUUCUCUAGAAAUUAUAAAGAUUUCAUCAUUUAAUCAAGAUGAAGCAGGAAAUGAACCCCAUAUAGAAGCUCAUAGUCUUGAAUUUUCUUCUUUAGACUGUAAAAGCUUUUCUUCUGCCACUGAAGAUGAAAUUGACCAAUAUAGCAAAGAAAAAAAGAUAAAACGGAAAAUACUUGGACAGUCGUCACCAGAGAAAAAACUGAGAAUUGAGAAUGGAGUAGAAACGACAGGUAGUGUAUCUCAUGAAAGAACUGGUGAUUGCAUUGGAUCUGAGGGAAUAAAGAACUUAAAUUUUGAACAGCACCUUGAAACUGAAGGAAUGCCCUCACUAAUAGCAGAGUCCAACCAAUGCAUCCAAGAAUUGACUAGUGGAAAGUUGAGCAGUCCCGCCACAGAAACUAUACACACCCCAGUCAAAGAAGAAGAGGAUGCCAUGCCUCUGAUUGGGCCUGAGACCUUGGUUUGCCACGAAGUGGACCUGGACGAUUUGGAUGAAAAGGACAAGAACGGUGUUGAGGACGUGGCAGUUGAAAGCUCCGAGUCUAGCUCUCUCCUUUCGAUCCCUCCCGCCCUUCCUCCUGUGGCACAGCACACCUUCUCGGUAGCUUCACCACUCACUCUCAGUCAAGACGAGUCUCGAAGCGUGAAAAGCGAGAGUGACGUUACAGUUGAGGUUGACAGCCUUGCUGAAGAGUCUCAGGAAGGCCUCUGUGAGAGGGAGUCCGCAAACGGGUUUGAAGCCAGCGUGACCCCGGCUGCUGGCAGUAUGAUUCUACAAGAGCGAGAGGGCAGAGAGAAGGGUCAGAAAAGGCCAAGUGAUGGUAAUAGUGGAUUAAUGGCAAAAAAGCCAAAGCGAACUCCAAAGCGAACAAGCACUGCUGCCAAGAGUGACAAGAAUGGGACAGGACAGAGCAGUGAUAGCGAAGAUCUCCCCACCAUGGACCAUUCAAGCAAGGGUACUCCAGUAAAGCAUCUUAGUGUAUCUAAGCCACAGAAACUGGCACGGUCUCCUGCAAGAAUCUCAGCCCACAUCAAAGAUGGCGAGAAGGAGAAGCACAGAGAAAAACAGCCGAAUUCAUCCCCUAGGACUUACAAAUGGAGCUUUCAACUGAAUGAAUUGGAUAACAUGAACAGUACAGAGAGAAUCUCUUUUCUUCAAGAAAAAUUACAGGAAAUUAGAAAAUAUUACAUGUCUUUGAAGUCUGAAGUUGCUACCAUAGAUAGAAGGAGAAAAAGAUUGAAAAAGAAAGAUAGAGAAGUGUCUCAUGCCGGAGCCUCCAUGUCAUCUGCUUCGUCCGACACUGGAAUGAGUCCAUCGUCAUCAUCUCCCCCCCAAAAUGUACUUGCUGUAGAAUGCAGGUGAUAAAGGGUUUCUCUGCCUUUCCAGCAGUCUGCUGCCAUGGACAUAAAUUCCAAAACCCUGAAAUACAACCACAAAAAGCACUCAACUGGCUAAGUAUAUCCUGUAUAUUUUUCCAGGACUAUAUCUAUUACCUUCUCUCUCCUUUUUUUUUUUUCCUUUUUUUUGUUGGCAAAAAAAUGAGCUGAUUAAUAAUUGAAGGUUAGGCAGCCUGCUAUAUUUGUCAUAAUUUUUCCUCUUUAUUUCUUUUCACUUUUGUGAUACAGAAAAAAAGGGCACUUAGCAAAUCUGAAUUUGUACAAUAAAGCUUUCAGGUGUUAUAGAAAUCAUAGACAAGCGAGUGCACAUGACAAACAUCCAAAUAUUAUCCGGCUGAAUAGUUACUGCUGCACUUUCACUAAGAUGUAUUUGAACACUUGGUGAGU